AUGGCAUGGCAGAUGAACCAGACAUCAGAGGCUGGUUUCUUACUCUUGGACCUGUUUCGUAUCACUCAAGCUCCCUGGACCCUCUUCAUAGUCACAAUGCUGGUGUUCCUUGUGGCCCUGCUGGGCAACACCACAAUAAUCAUCCUCAUCUGGGCAGAUCCUGUUCUCCACAGCCCUAUGUAUUUUCUGAUCAGCCAGCUCUCCCUCAUGGACCUCCUCUACAUCUCCACCUUUGUGCCCAAAAUGGCCCUGGAUUUUCUGACUGAGGAUCACCGCAUCUCUUUCACUGGGUGUGGCUUCCAGCUCUUUCUCUUCAUGACCCUAGUAGCAGCUGAGUGCCUGUUACUGGCUUUCAUGGCUUAUGACCGGUAUAUGGCCAUCUGCCACCCACUGCGCUACGCCAUCUUUAUGCGUCCACUGGUCUGUGUGCGCCUGGUGCUUAUAUCCUGGCUAGGUGCAUUGCUCAAUGCUUUGAUUCAUGUUGUCUAUACUCUAACUCUUCCUUACUGUGCCUCCAGGGAAAUUCACCACUUCUUUUGUGAGAUUCCAGCCUUAUUAAAACUCGUUUGUGCUGAUACUUCUGGGUAUGAAAAUGCUCUUUUUGUCAGUGGUGUGAUAUUCCUCCUCCCUCCUAUCUCAGCCAUCCUGGCCUCCUAUGGGAGCAUACUGUCCACUGUACUGGGCAUAGGAUCAAGCCAGGGACUCAAGAAAGCCUUGGCUACUUGCUCUUCCCACAUGAUUGUGGUGUCUUUAUUUUAUGGUGCUGCUAUCAUCAAAUACCUUCUACCCAAAUCUUACCAUUCCCCAGAACUAGAUGAAGUGGUCUCUGUCCUCUAUACCAUCUUAACGCCCAUGCUCAACCCCUUGAUCUACAGUCUGAGAAACAAAGAUGUCGCUAGAGCCUUCAUGAAAGUUCUCAGAAAACAAGGAAGGUGA